AUGCAGCUUCGACAUAUACUACCGGCUGUUCUGGCCGUGGGUGCCGUCCAUGCGGCCCCAGCACCCGUGGAGGAGAAGAUCGACACAGGUCUCGUUCAACGUGAUGACUUGUCUGCAUCUUCUGCCGGCUUCUACUGCCCAGACUCAACAUUGUCAACCGAUUUAUUGGCUGCAAAAGCCUUGGUCAACCUGGCGGUUAACCAAAUAACGAAUCCCAAUGGAGGGAAAUGCAAUCUGCUCAAUGCUGCCGUGCGACGCGAAUGGUCGACUCUUUCCAAGCCAGAGAGAAAAGCUUACAUCAAUGCUGAAUUGUGCUUGAUGAACAAGCCUUCAAAGGACCCGGCAUUUGCUGCAGGCGCUCGCUCACGGUAUGAUGACUUUGUUGCUGUCCACAUCAACCAGACAUUGUCAAUCCACGGUACCGCCAAUUUCUUGGCGUGGCAUCGAUAUUAUACCUGGGCUUUUGAGCAAGCACUGAGAACAGAAUGCGGCUACAAUGGCUAUCAGCCAUACUGGAACUGGGGAAAGUAUGCCUCCGACCCACUGAACUCACCUCUCUUCGAUGGAAGUGACUACAGCAUGUCUGGGAAUGGAGUGUUUCAGCAACACAACUGCACCAAUGCUCUGCCUACUGGUCUCAACUGUAUUCCUCCAGGUGCUGGAGGUGGUUGCGUGAAUACUGGUCCUUUCAAGGAUUACGUCGUCAAUCUUGGACCUGUUGCACCAACUCUCGCCAUACCAGGUAUCAUCGACUACCACAAUGCCGACCCUCUCGCGUACAAUCCAAGAUGCCUGCGUCGUGAUAUCUCGUCCUGGGUCUCUUCGCAAUGGACAAAAGACUCAGAUGUGUAUGAUUUGAUCAAGAAUUAUAACGACAUCGGAUCUUUCCAGAACCGCAUGCAGGGCGAUUUCGCUUCUGGAUUCUACGGUGUUCACACUGGAGGACACUUUACAACCAAUGGUGAUCCUGGUGGUGAUCUUUUUGCUUCUCCCGCCGAGCCAACAUUCUUCCUCCACCAUGCACAGAUUGAUCGCACGUGGUGGAUCUGGCAAAACCAGGACCCGAAGAACCGUGUCACUGCUUUCACUGGUGGCACAUCGACACUGGACCCCGUGAACAGCCCCCGCGGUAAACUCACAGACCCCAUCUACCUUAAAACCCUUGCAUCUACGGUUUUGAACCAAGACGUUAUGAGCACGACUGGUGGACCCCUAUGCUACAUCUACGUAUGA